AUACAACAUACAAUACAAUGACGUGGCUGGGCGAGUGACGGGCGCGGUGCGAGGCGAGUGAAGGCGCUAUAGGACAUACAUUUCUAUCAUGGCAGACCGUAGAAUAAAGGUUUCCGUUUAGUGUAAUAUAUUAUUAUGAAUCUGUGCUAUUGAUUGACGAAGCCAUUAGAAAAGUAAACUACGACGCCACAGAGUGACGACGUUAUCAGACAAGUAUACUCCGACGCUACCGGCUACGGCGGCGUGCGGACAACUACAGUCAACUAGUGCCUAGAGCAAUCUUAAACUAAACAGUAAAGAAUAAACACUAAAAGCUAAUCAGGAACAUGAUGGAAGUAGACGAAACCUUCGAAUUCGAAAUUGGUGACAAAGUUCUUGCAUACUACGAUGGAUUGCUUUAUGAGGCAAAAUGUAUAAACCGGCGAUUUUCGAACAGUGGAGUAAUUCAGUACUAUGUUCACUACACGGGCUUUAAGAAAAAAUGGGAUGAAUGGUCUGAUUAUGAUGAGGUGUUGGCAAUCAAUAAAAUUAAUUUGGUCCAUAAACAAAAUUUAGAAUCUGUUAGAAAAAAAUGUAGAUCAAAAAAACGAGUGAAAAAAUCUCAAGAACCAAAGAAAACAAAUGAUGCUACUUCUGCAAAACCAGAAAAAAGAAAACGAGGCAGGCCAAAAAAAAAUGUAGAACAAUCCGCUGGAUCAGCUUCAUCAAAAUUUGUAGAACAAUCCACUGGGCUAGCUUCAUCAACAUUUUUAGAACAAUCCGCUGGGCCAGCUUCAUCAAAAUUUGUAGAACUGGCCUCAGCAAAAUUUGUAGAACCAGCUGCAGCAAAAUUUGUAGAAGCAGCUACACCAAAUUUUUCAGUGCCAGCUUCCGUACAAAGAAGAAACCUAGUCGUGGAAGUAAUAGACAUACUAAAAUAUGCAGAACCCGGUUCAGAACAAUUCGCAGAACCAGCUACAGCACAAUCUGCAGAACCAGCCAUUGAAAAAUCUGCUGAUUCAGUCAUACUAACAUCUGAGGAACCCACCACAACACAAUUUGAAGUGCUAGCUCCGGCACAAUUCGCAGAACGAGCCGUAGAAGAUGCAGGCACACAAAUAUUUGCAGAACCAAAUUCAGCACAAUUCGCAGAAUCAACGACAGCACAAUUUGCAGAAAAAGCUGUAGAAAAAUCUGCUGAAUCAGCCAUACUAACAUGUAAAGAACCUGUCACAACACGAUUCACAGAACUGGCUAUAAAAAAAUCAGACAUACAAAUAUUUGCAGAACCAGAUUCAGCACAACUCACAGAACCAGCUACAGCACAGUUUGCAGAAACAGCUAUAGAAAAAUCUGCUGAAUCAGCCAUACUAACAUGUAAAGAACCUGUCACAACACGGCUCACAGAACAGGCUAUAAAAAAAUCACACAUACAAAUAUUUGCAGAACCAAAUUCAGCACAAUUCGCAGAAUCAACGACAGCACAAUUUGCAGAACAAGCUGUAGAAAAAUCUGCUGAAUCAGCCAUACUAACAUGUAAAGAACCUGUCACAACACGAUUCACAGAACUGGCUAUAAAAAAAUCAGACAUACAAAUAUUUGCAGAACCAGAUUCAGCACAACUCACAGAACCAGCUACAGCACAGUUUGCAGAAACAGCUAUAGAAAAAUCUGCUGAAUCAGCCAUACUAACAUGUAAAGAACCUGUCACAACACGGCUCACAGAACAGGCUAUAAGAAAAUCACACAUACAAAUAUUUGCAGAACCAGAUUCAGCACAACUUACAGAACCAGCUACAGCACAAUUUGCAGAAACAGCUGUAGAAAAAUCUGCUGAAUCAGCUAUACUAACAUGUAAAGAACCUGUCACAACACGAUUCACAGAAAUGGCUAUAAAAAAAUCAGACAUACAAAUAUUUGCAGAACCAGAUUCAACACAAUUCACAGAACCAGCUACAGCACAAUUUGCAGAACCAGCCGUAGAAAAAUCUACUGAAUCAGCCAUACAAACAUUUGCAGGGCCAUCUGCAUCACAAUUUACAGGGCAAACUUCGGCACAAUUCGCAGAACUAGUAGUAGAAGAAUCACACAUAAAUAAAAUUGCAGAACCAGAUUCCGCACAAUUUGCAGACCCAGCUGCAGCACAAUUUGCAGAACCAGGCGUACAAAAAUCUGUUGAAUCAGCCAUACAAACAUUUCAAGAACCUGUCACAACACAAUUUGCAGGGCCAGCUUCGGCACAAUUCGCAGAACUAGCCUUUGAAGAAUCAGACUUUCUAAAAUUUGGAAAACCAUGUUUUGAACUGUUCACAGAACGAGGUAUAGCACAAUUUGCAGAACUAGCCGUAGAAGAAUCAGACCUACUAAAAUUUGGAGAAUUAUAUUUUGACCUGUUCACAGAACGAGCUACAGCACAAUUUACAGAACCAGCCGUACAAAAAUCUGUUGAAUCAGCCAUACAAACAUUUUCAGAACCCGCCAUAACACAAUUUGCAGGGCCAGCUUCGGCACAAUUCGCAGAACUAGCCGUAGAAGAAUCAGACCUACUAAAAUUUGGAGAAUCAUAUUUUGACCUGUUCACAGAACGAGCUACAGCACAAUUUACAGAACCAGCCGUACAAAAAUCUGUUGAAUCAGCCAUACAAACAUUUUCAGAACCCGCCAGAACACAAUUUGCAGGGCCAGCUUCGACACAAUUCUCAGUACUAGCUGUAGAAGAAUCAGCUUUACAAAAAUUGGCAGAAUCAGCUACAAUACAAACUGUAGGCCCAGCUACAGAACAAUUUAUAGAAGUAUCCAUAGAAAAGUCUGCUGAAUCAGCCUCAUUAACAUUUGAAGAAACCUCAACAACACAAUUUGCAGAGCAAGCUUUAGCACAACUAGUAGAACUAGCUGUAGAAGAAUCACACAUACAAAUAUUUUCAGAACCACCUACGACACAAAUUGUAAGCCCAGCCACAGCUCAAUUUGUAGAAGCAGCCGUAGAAAAAUCCACCGAAUCAGCCAUACAAACAUGUGCAGGGCCAUCUACAUCACAAUGCGCAGAAUCUGCUGUAGAAAAUUAUGCCGAAUCAGCCAUUCAUACAUUUUCAGAACUAGCUGGAAGAUCAAAACGAGUUAAAAAAUCUCAAGAGCCAUGGACAGCAAAAGAUGCUUCUUCCUCAACACCGGCAAAAAAAAAACGAUGCUGGCCAACAAAUAAUGUAGAACAAGCUGCAGGGCCAUCUAUAUCACUAUUCAUAAAACUUGCCGUGAAAAAAUCUGCCCAAUCGGCCAUACAUGCAAUUUCAGAACUAGCUACAGCACAAUUUGCAGAACCUGCCGUGGAAAAAUCUGCCGAAUCAGCUAUAGAAACAUUUUCAGAACCAGCUACAGCACAAUUUGUAGAACCAGCUGUAGAAAAAUCUGCUGAAUCAGUCACACAAACUUUAGUAGAACCAACUGUAGGAGAGUCUACAAUCCCAGUUGUAGAACAUUCUAUCCAAACUGAAGAACGCGAAGCAGCUGUUCGGGCUGUUGAAAAUGUUGUAAUAGACAUUAUUCCACGUUCAAAGAUUAUUGCCAUCGAAUUGUUUAAGGAACUCAAACUACCAUUAGUUUUAGAAAAAGCAUUGGAGUUUGACCGUAUGAUGCACUUCAGAUGCAAACAAGUAUUAAAGCUUCCGGAGAAAAACUGUUUACCAGAAGUAAUCUAUGCCUUCACUAAUUCAUCUUAUUUUAUAGAUGAUGAUCAAAAAAAAACGAUGUUCUAUCUUAAUUUAAUGGAAUAUUUUAAUAAUUCUGUUCACAAUUUUCGUCUAACAUACCCGCCCGAGAAAAAAAUCCACUCACGAAAGAAGAAAUUUUUGGAGUAUUAUAUUAAGAGUAAACUACAAAAUGAACCAAACAUUAACCAUGGGCUUAAAAGUCAACUAAAUCUCAAAGGAAUUUGGUGUUAUUUGUAUGGUCCUAUGUAUCUAGUAAGAUUUAUUGAUGCCUUACCCUCAAUUUGUUUGUCAAACGAGUGGUUUCCUGAAUACGAUUUAGAGACCUUUGUUCAUCAUAUUAAACAAUUGUCAAGUCAACUGUGUGUUGGACAAAUUUGAAUAGAAAAGGAGUGGACAAGGAAAUUGAUUUCGAUAGAAAAAUAGAAAUGAUGACAAAUACAAGUGACCGCCCUGAAGAACUCCAGAAAGAACAUGGAAGUAAUCCGAUUGCACGUUAUUAAUCCUUAUACAUCCACAUCCACAAUCGAAUGUCGGUCAUCUUGCAGCCAUUCGGAUUCCCUGUUACUUGUCACCCAAUAGACGGCUGGCAGUUGUCCAAAAAAUGAUAGGAAUACGAUGUUUACCCUGUGAUAAACUUGAGGCGGUGUUGCAUAGCAAGUCGGGGGAUAUUUUCGAUUUUUUUUGUCAGAGCGAGCUAUUGGCAACCCCGGCAUCACUGUAAAUAAUUUACAAUGUUUUUUCACAUUUGCGUCCCUGCUGGGUUACUGGUAUAAUAUGCUGGUUAUAAACUUUUUUAUCAUUUUUCGGACAACUUCCCCCUACGGGCGCUCGCCAAAGAUAAAGUUAUGGAAAAUAUUACUCCAGUUAAAUACGCCGCUAGGUUCGCUGCCUACCAGCUAGACACUAGCAGGUAGAGGAUAAGAAAUGUUGGUAUUUGUAUGGAUCUAAAUGAUAUUUUUAUUUAAAU